CAGCACCAGCAUCUCCGCUCCGCUGAAAUAGCCACUGGAGAAGGAGGGGAAGGAAAGGGGGGGAGAAGAGGACACAGGGAAGAAAGAGAGAGGUAAAAGCGGAGAGCCUCAUAGCCCACCACAUCGCAUCAGCGUCAGGCUAGAAAAGUGGGGUGAGACCCACCCCUUUGGGAGAGGAUUCGGAGACAAAGGAAGCUUCAUGUUCAAAGGGCCAGUGGAGAGCAAAAACGAAGCAGCCAUGUCUGAGCUGGUCCCAGAGCCGCGACAAAAACCAGUCGUACCGAUGAAACCCAUGGGCAUUAACGCCAACUUGCUGGGAUACAUCGGUAUUGACACCAUCAUUGAGCAGAUGCGCAAGAAAACCAUGAAGACAGGUUUCGACUUCAACAUCAUGGUUGUAGGUCAGAGCGGACUGGGAAAGUCGACAUUGGUGAACACCCUCUUCAAAUCCCAGGUGAGCCGCAAAUCUUCAGGCUGGAAUCGGGAGGAGAAGAUCCCCAAGACAGUGGAGAUCAAAGCCAUUGGGCAUGUCAUUGAAGAAGGUGGUGUCAAAAUGAAGCUGACAGUGAUCGACACGCCGGGAUUUGGGGACCAGAUCAACAAUGAGAACUGCUGGGAGCCUAUUGAGAAAUACAUCAAUGAGCAAUAUGAAAAAUUUUUGAAAGAGGAGGUGAAUAUUGCAAGGAAGAAACGAAUUCCAGACACGCGAGUGCACUGCUGCCUCUACUUCAUCUCCCCCACGGGCCACUCCCUGCGGCCUUUGGACCUGGAGUUCAUGAAACAUCUCAGCAAGGUAGUGAACAUCAUCCCGGUUAUUGCCAAGGCUGACACCAUGACCUUGGAGGAGAAGACCGAAUUCAAACAAAGAGUGCGCAAAGAGCUAGAAGUAAAUGGGAUCGAGUUUUACCCCCAGAAAGAAUUCGAUGAGGACUUGGAGGAUAAAACAGAGAACGACAAAAUCAGGGAAAGCAUGCCCUUCGCAGUGGUGGGCAGUGAUAAGGAGUACCAAGUGAAUGGCAAAAGAGUCCUGGGCAGGAAAACACCUUGGGGAAUCAUUGAAGUGGAAAACCUCACUCACUGUGAAUUUGCCCUACUUCGAGAUUUUGUCAUCAGGACCCACCUUCAGGACCUAAAAGAAGUGACCCACAACAUCCACUAUGAGACCUACAGGGCCAAGCGGCUGAAUGACAACGGAGGGCUGCCCCCCAUGACUGUCGAGACAGAGGAAAACCAUGAAAGUAACCUGUGAAUGACACCCCCCCCAUGUCACCCAGUGUCUCUGGAUACAACAACCCACCCCUGCUACCCUUGACUCUACCACGGGCCUGUGUCUGAAGCAUGUGGCGCAUCCUCCGUGUGCGUGAGAGGGCGCGAGCGUGAGUGCGUGCGUGUGUGCGUGUGCCUACCUAUGUGCCGGAGAGGGACCAAAGGCGUCUCCCCCGUCCUUCCCAGAGUGUCCUCAUUCUCAGUUGGUUUUUUGCACAGCGGACUGUCCGUCAUCUUCCUUUCUCUCAUUCCCGUCUCAGCUGUGUGUCUUGCCUGGGGGAAAUAGGGAUGGGGGGAAAGGAUUUCUGGGGGCAGGAGGGCUUCGGAGGUGGGAGGUGUGGGGCAUGCUGUGGUCCUGUUUUUAUCACUUGGAGACAUGGCAAGGGGAGACUCCAGCAGAGAUGGUGGAUGGGUGGGAAGGCAGCUGGUUGGUCUGAGGGCAUGGUGGCCCAGCAUUUUAUCCCCAUUUCUUGCUGUGG